UGGAAAUUGCACAAACCACUUUUGUAUAAUUCUACUAGUUCCGGCAUGUGAAAUAUUUGUUUAUAAUAACUUACCUAGUCGUCACCCGGAUACUAGUAUAAAAGGAAUUUCACAUAUUUCAGUCCCCAUGACAAUAAUUCGCAUCAGUAUGAAACGAACACAAAUGCAUUUCUGAGUUAAGAUAACAGUUUAUCAGAAUUUGUUUCGAGAAUUUUGUUGCAUUUUUAAUAACCAAAACUGGAUUCAAGCACCAAGUCAGAAGACACCAUGGAUGUAGAUAAUGAGAAAGUUGUAAUAGAGGAUACAGGUGGAAACUUGGCUUCAGGAGAGCCACUUGGAGAUUUUGAUGAUAAAGUAGAAAUAAAAUCUGCUGAAGAUGUAGGAUAUGGGGAAUCAAGAACCAAAAGACACAUCAAGAAGGAUGAUAGUGGUAUCUCUGUAGAAAAAUCUGAAAACACUUCUGAUGAUGAUGAUGCAUCUAAAAAGCAGAAGACAGCCAAUGGACGACUUCAAGAAGGUGAUAAUAGUUCUAUGAAAGGAACUGGAUUUCUUCCAAAGCUGAAAUCCAGGACCAAAAACAGAAAUUAUCGCAUUAAGAAAGGUAGAGGUUUAGGCAGGGGAAGUUCAGAUGAGGAUGAAUGUACAACUGCAGAAUCAAAACAAGAUUCACCAAAACCAGGUGAAGGAAGGAAUAGUCCUGACUCUGGUCACCAGGAGAGCAGCUCCGCUCCUGAUGAUGUGGAAGCAGAAGAGUCUAGCAAAGAACCAGCAGAUCUAGAAACUCCUGGGGUGGACAGCACUAGGAAACGUUCACGAGCCUCUGAAAGUGAGGAAUCAGAGUCUGCUGGUAGUGAGGAGAGGACAACUGAACUUUCAGAUACUGAGGAAGAAGAGGAAGAAGAAAUUACACCCAGUGUCUUGUUGAAGCAGAAACCCAAACAUAAGUGGUUUGUUAUGCAGGAAGUUGUUAAUAGGCAGAAGGGAGUGAGUAGUCGCUAUCGAGGAGCGGAGUUGUUCCAGCAGCGUUGCUAUGGUUCCCUGCAUUCAGUCCAGCGCUUGGAGUUGAUGUACAAGUUGGAUGCUCAUCAAGGCUGUGUUAAUGCUCUUCAUUUCAACAGUUCAGGCACUCUUCUUGCCAGUGGCUCAGAUGAUCUCAGCAUAGUUGUGUGGGACUGGGCAGUAGGCAAGUUCCUAGUUACUUGUGACAGUGGUCAUAGAAGCAACGUAUUUCAGGCCAAGUUUCUGCCAUUUACUGGAGACACCCAUAUUGUGUCAUGUGGACGUGAUGGACAGGUGCGCCUGGCAGAAUUAUCCGUAACAGGGUUAUACCGUUCAACCCGUCGCUUAGGUCAGCAUCGUGGACCUGCCCACAAAUUGGCUAUACAUCAGGAAACACCCCAUGUUUUUCUAAGCUCGGGUGAAGAUGCGCUCAUCAUGAGCUUUGAUGUCCGUGAAGAAAAACCAGAGAAGCUUCUGCAUGUGAAAGAUGGUGAGAAGAAGAUCGCACUGUUCAGCAUUCAUAUGAAUCCUCUGAAUAACAAUGAAUUUUGUGUCAGUGGUCGAGACAAUUAUAUACGUAUCUAUGAUAAAAGGAAGGUGUCAGACAACACUCAGCUCAAAAAGUUCUGCCCUAGACACCUGACAAGCUCUGGCACCUUCACUCAUGUCACAUGUGCUGUGUUCAAUUACAAUGGAACAGAAAUUCUUGGCUCAUACAAUGAUGAAGACAUUUACCUCUUUGAUACAAGGCAUCCCGAUGGUUCUGACUUCAUACAUCGAUUUGAGGGUCAUAGAAACAAUGCUACAGUGAAAGGAAUCACCUUCUUUGGUCCCAAGAGUGAAUAUGUAGUCUCAGGAUCAGACUGUGGUAAUAUUUACUUCUGGGACAAAGGGACUGAAUCCAUUGUCCAGUGGAUGCUUGGAGAUGAAAAUGGAGUGGUGAACUGCUUGGAGCCACAUCCUCAGAUUCCUGUUCUAGCAACUUGUGGGUUGGAUGAAGAUGUGAAAAUAUGGGUGCCUUCCUGUGAGCAAGAACCCACCAUGACUGGUCUCAGAUCUGCUGUAGUUUCUAAUUACAAGGGCCGUGAGCAUGACCGUCAGCGAGAUCCAGAUGCUUUUGAUGGUCAGAUGCUCUGGUUUCUGUGGCGACAUAUUCGGCGUACUGAGCUUAGGAGGUCACGGAAUGAGAGCUCACUAAGGUGGUCAUCUAUUGCUCCUCUAAGUCAUUCCUCCCGUGGCAGUAGUGGUGGAGAGCGAAGGUCGUCUGCAGCGGCACCUGACCAGGACACGACUGCCAGCGAGAGCUCCAAUAGUUCGGACAGUGAGGACGGAGCGCAGCGUGUCCAGUGCUCCCCUUCUUAAGAAACUUGUACCAGGUAUAUGCUCUUCUGAGGGCAUCCUUAUUUUUUGAGGAGUAUUUAUAAUUAUUACAUUAUUUAUGUUUGUUCUAACAAUACUGUGCAGGUCAUCAAUGAUUUAUAUUGCAGCAUCUAAAGAAGAAACUGUAAUUACCUUGAUUUAAAAAGUCCGAUGCCCAAGAUGUCAGUGGACUAUUUGUUAGUAAAGUCUCUUCCUUUCUGAAAAGUAGCACAGGAUCUCCUUUGUUUACAAACGUUUGCUGACAAAAAGGAAUAUUUUAAAUAUUUCUCAGAGAUUUUCUGUUUCUAAUAAUUCACCAGAAAUGGACUUUCCUCAUUCUAAAUUAAAAUUAAUAAAACUGUGAUUGGUUAAAUUGUGGUGUUAUGCAUAAGGAUGACAGAAUUAUUUAUACCGAGUGUUGAAAAGUGUGACGUGUUUUCUUUCCAAAGAAAUUGCUGAGUUAAGAAAGCAUAACAUUAGAAUAUUACAGAAGAGGAUAUUACUUGCAAGUAUUGCAUUAAAAAUAGAGCAUGCACAUAAUAACCCAGAUAAAAGGAAGAUAAAUUAAAGGCAUUUCAUAGUGACUGUAUUUUCCUUGAAUUUACGUAGGGAGUGUUUCUUCAGUCUCAUAACAAUAUUAAAAAAACAGCAGUAGUUUGAAGAGUUCUUUCACAUAAGAUGAAAGAGUUAAUUAUACAAGAAAGUAAUGGAAAGGUCCUACACUUUUUGGUGAAUUAAGGAAUGUUCGCAGAUAGAUACGUGAAGAAAAUACUGUAUUUGCAGACUGUCAUGUUGAGUUCUAACAUUGUGAAGUUAUGUCGCAUGACCAGAAAUGUUGUGAUAUAAAUAGAAAUUUCACAAGUUUAAGUAAUGGUGAUAUGUAUUUAGCAAAGAGAAGUUAUGUAAAUCUGAAGCUAAUAGCAUGUACAGUGAAAUAUAACAUAGGUAGAAGUGAAAAUAAAGGAUAUUUAUGAUGGAAAGCAA